AUGACCGCAGCCAUGACCUCCACGACCAUGAAGACGAUGCCCACAAUCCGGCUGCGCGCGCAGAGUCCACAGCCUGGCGUAGCAAGCCCUCUGACUCUCUCCCCACCGCCAUCCACGCCCGACCGUCCCAAGUCCGCCACUGCGCCUCCAGAGCUCCGCAUCCUCGUUGCUCCGUCAGGCUUCAAGGAGAGCCUCGGUCCGGACGAAGUCGCGGACUGCAUUGAAGCCGGCAUCCGGCGUGUGCUGCCCGAUCCCUCGGUCGCCGAGAUCCGCAAGUUGCCGCUGCACGACGGCGGAGAAGGCUUCUGUCGUGCUCUCGUGGCCGCCAUGCGUAAUGCCAGUGCAGUCACUGGCACCAAGCUGAAUAUCACUGAUGGGAUCCGUGAGGUCCUCGUUACUGGGCCAGUUGGGAAGCCAGUCCUCUCGCACUAUGGCAUUACUCAAAAGAUUGGGAUUCUCGACAUGGCCGCCGCCGCAGGAUUAUCUCUCGUCCCGGCCACCUGUCGCGAUCCCACACUGACCACAACAUACGGCGUCGGCGAGCUGAUCGCGGCCGCACUGGACGAGGGGUGCGACAGGAUCAUCGUCGGCUGCGGAGACUCGGGAACGUCUGACGGCGGCGCAGGCAUGCUGCAGGCUCUUGGUGCGAGACUCCUUGAUUCUCAGGGUAAGGAAUUGCCCCGAGCUGCUGGAGGAGCGAGUCUGCUGGGCCUCGAGGAGAUUGACAUGAGCGGGCUCCAUCCCCGCCUCAGAGACUCCGCCACCAAAGUACACAUCGAAGCAGUGUGCAACAUCAAAAACAUCCUCACCGGCCCGCGCGGCGUGGCACGUGUCUACGGGCCCCAGAAAGGUGCUUCUCCAGCGCAGGUCAAGCUCCUGUCCAGGGCCCUCGACAAGCUCGCCAGCGUGGCUGAGCGCCUGUCACCUGUUGAGCACCACAACAUCGGCACACGCCCCGGCAGCGGCGCAUCGGGCGGUCUGGGCACUGCGAUGCUCCUCCUCGGCGGCCGCCUCCGGCCCAGGGAGGACGCCAUCGACGAGUACUUUGGCGUGAGCCAGCUCUUUUCACCUCCAGCGGCUUCUCAGUCCCUCGAUCCCUUGAAAGCCCAGCAGAAGAAAUGGGACCUCGUCGUUACUGCGGAGGGUUGUCUCGACGCACAGUCCGCGCAGGGCAAGCUGACCGUCGAGAUUGCGGGGCGGGCCCGCAAGCACGGCGCCGCGGUUGUCGCGCUGGCGGGCACCAUCGGGGCGGGCGCCGAUGGCGUGUACGACGACGGGAUUGCCGCUUUUACGAGCAUCCUCGAUGGGCCGCGGAGCUUGCGUGACGCCAUUGAUAGUACUGCCGUGCUGUUGACGGAUGCGGCGGAACGGGCCAUCCGGAUGAUACAGAUGGGCAUGGGGUUGAGAGGAGGGGCGGUUGAGACGAGGCAGGCAGGGGCGGAGGAGAGCCGCCUAGAAGAUUUCAAGCGUCUCUCUGGCCCCGUGGAGAUGAGGCUUGCGCGAUCGUGGACUAGCUAGGCCUCCCCUGGGGGAGCUGAAGCGUACUCUCGUGCGCCGCGAGGACCGGAGCCCUUUUCCACGUUAUUCUGUGUGCCGUAAGACUAAUGUUUACCACCAUGUCAUCGACUUGUUCAGAUAUCAACCACUGCGGCAGCAAAGGUUUGGGGUGUGAACUUGGGGACCAAUGUCAUGAGCAUAUCAGCAUAAGCAACGACAGCGACGCC